UGAAAAUACACAAAGUGUUGUUUUACUGUCACCUCUGUAAAAAGAAAAGCGUGACUUCUUCAUCGUUAUGACAAUAAAAAUGAAUAGGACUGGAAGUGCAGUGUAAGCAGUAGCAGUGUCCAGAGUCCACAGCAGCAGUCAGUUGUGCAGUGUGUGUGUGAACAAGUGUGUGUCAGUGGGGGUAGUGGAUGCACCUGACUUGGCUAUCACUCUGUUACUGACUUUGUUCAUUCUGGACUAUUUUCCCACCAAGUCAGGAUGCCUUCUGGAAGGAUAGUCAAGCUUAUCCUGUAUGAGGUGUUAGAGUUUGCAUGUCUGUGUGUGCCUGUGUUUGUGGUUCUGGAGCGAUUUGCGUCGCUUCUAAGCUUUGAGAAAUUCAACGACAGUACGGCUUACUGGUUGGUAGUGGCAGCAUCCAUAGCCUAUGUGACCUCUGUGUCCUUGUUUGUCUGGGUGCCACUGAAGUACUUCAUCCUGAAGUCCAGGGGGUUCUUUAAAGAAGUUACUAACUGGAGACCUGUGACUCUUGCCCAAGCACUUCUCUGCACGCUACCAUGUUUUGCCAUUCUCAUUGCCAGCUCAAAGGUUCAGCUGGACACAGGAAUUUUCUAUGGCCACUUUAGUGAGCUUCCUGUCUCACUGGUGCUCUUUGCCCUCAUCUGCGUGGACAUUGUAGAGAGAAUUCGUCCAUAUCGCCUGAGAGGACAAGAUAGUCUGGACUUUGAGGUUCCUGGCCCUUUUCUGACUCACCUGGAGCAGGUGUCUACUGUGUCAUCACAACUGCAGGCUAACAGAAGUGCAAAUGGCUCGGCGCUGAGGUCAGAAGGCAUAAGCACAUCACCGUCAGGACACUGGGCAGACAUGGAUGGCAUCUCACGUUCUUCCAACAUGGCCUACUUGUACUCCUCCCACUCUGACUCAGGCUUUCUUCGCUUCAUCUGGGUUCGAGACCCUCGCCAUGAGCUCUUCCUGGAGACAUUUGUGUUCUGGAUGGACACAGUGGAGAUGAUCAGAGUGGCUGGGGUUCAGGAGGUCUACAACUCAAACUGGGUCUUUCCUAUCUACAUCCUAAGCUUUUUCUCCAUUCUGCGUGUGGUUGUAACUCCUAACAAUCCAAUGCUGGCUUCAUUAGGAGUGGUAGCACAGGACCUGCCCUUCCUGGUUUUACGGAUCUGCCUGGUGAUUGUCUUUGGUUAUGUGACUCCAAUACUCUAUAUCAUGAAGAAUCUGCUCACAUGUCUGACUUUUCUUUACUUUCACUUCCUAACCAAGCUGAAGGUGUUUAGCGGAGGAAGCAUGUACUGAGACCUCUGGGGUGGGGAAGCUACUGGGGACUGCUUUGGGUAAAGAAAUGUACAGGGUGGAUACUGACAACUACUAAUAGCACUGAACACACUAUUUUUUCACUCAUAUUACUACAGAGAAGAAGACAAACUAGUAAGGCGAGUCUACACAUAGUUUUUUUUUUUUUAAGUAAGUAAUGCAAGUUAAUGUUUCUAGGUAUAAUUCAUAAUGACAGAAGUAAUAUUGCAGAAUACCAAUUAUUUUUAAGUUUAAAAGUAUUUUAAUUGAAAUAUCAAUUGAUUGAUUUAUUGCUAUUAAUCUUAAAAUAAUACUUAUGCAGUGUUUGUUUUCAUGGAAGUUCAUGCUAAACACAAUCUUCAUAAGCACAAUACCAAUAUUUUAGCUAUAGUUGGGUCCAUAAAUAUUUGAACUUUGACAAAGUUAUUGUUAUUUUAGUUAUGUACCACAGUAUAUUGGAGUUAAAUAAAUAAUUAAAUAAUAUGAUAUAUUUAUAUCAUAUAAUGAUAUAAAAAGUGCUGCAAUUCCUACACUGUUAACCUGGUUUGUAUAUAUGAAAAUACCUUCAAAUUAAAGCUGAAAGUCAUACUGAUUACUUAAUUUCAACUCCAAUAUACUGUUAUAGAUAGCUAAAAUAACAGUAACUUUGUUAAUGUCCAAAUAUUCAUAGGCCUGACUGUAUAUUAAAGUUUCUAUAUUAUUUGCUUCUGUAUUUUCAAAUAGGAUCAUAAUCCAGCGUGAUCCUGACCAGAAUGAAGCGGUUACUGAAGAUGAAUGAAAGAAUGACUAAUUUUCUAACAGUGAUUUCCUUAUAAGCUAAAAAUGACUUGACUGUCAUUCUGAAUAGUAGUUUGCUGCACCGUGGUACUACACCCCACUUAUGAUCACCAGCAAAUAUGGCGCCCCCUGGUUUAUUUAUGAAAGUUUGGUGUGGCUCAUUUCUUACUGAAAAUGUAUGUGGUAAAAGUAGAUGAUUUUCAGUCAGAGCACCCAACACACCUGAAGUCGAUCCUUAUGGUCAUUAUGUAUUAUACAUACAAGCUAAAACCCUGAAGCUUCACUCAUCUUAAACCUGUACAACUAACACAGUUCUAACAGCCUGGUCACGUUUACUUUCUCUGGGACUCCUCUUCUGCCUAGGCAGGGACAGAUUCUUCUCAACAUUCUUCUAUUUUAAUUCAAACUUCUUAUAGUGCCUUCACCCCUGUUGAACUUUCCCACAUUUUGAAAUGCUGCAGUCUGGAACUCAAAUCAGUUUAAUUGGUAUUAUAUGUCAUGGAUCUAC